AUUUACAAUCUCCCCGAGCAGAAAAUCACUGUGAAUGCAUAAAAAAUAAAUUUUUCCAUCAGUACUGUUUUCUUGCCCCCGACCCACCCGUUAAAGAACUGGUUGUCAAAAGUUGUCAUUACUUUACAUAGAUUAGAAAUAUAGUGAUAGGAGGGUAACAUCCUGAUUUCCAGGGACGCCCACUUCACGCAUCUCCUGCUCAUUUAAAGCAACACCCACACAACCUUUAUCAUAAAUUAGUGAGCUGAGUGGUUGAAUAGCUCAGAAAUAGAGAUGUGGUUCACUCUGAACAUCUGCCUGUAUCUGUCUUUUAGCUUUAUUUUGGCAGCUUCAAUACUCGGAUCAGACAUGUGUCAGCUCCAAGGACACUUCAGGCUGAAUGGAAUGUACAAAAAUGGAGAUUUUAUAUUUGGAGGCCUGUUUGAGGUUGAUUUCCUCACAGUGUUCCCGGAGCUGAGCUUCAGAACUGAGCCCGAACCACCAUACUGUGAGCAAUUUGAUAUGGAGAGCUUCCAGCAGGCACAGACCAUGGCUUUUGCAAUAGAUGAGAUCAAUAACAAUCCAAACCUGCUUCCUAACAUCACUCUUGGUUACCAUGUUUAUGACAACUGUGUGAUGCUAGGAAUGGCGUUUCGGGCUGCCAUAUCCCUGGCCAGUGGGACAGAGGAGUCCUUCUCAAACCAAAACUGCACUGGCCCUCCACCAGUGAUUGGAAUUGUGGGGGAUUCAAGUUCAACUGCUUCUAUUGCUAUUUCCAGUAUUCUGGGACUGUUUCGAGUACCUAUAGUUAGUCACUAUGCCACCUGCUCCUGUUUGAGUGACAGGAAAAAAUACCCCUCUUUCUUCAGAACUAUUCCCAGUGAUGCCUUCCAGGUGCGGGCUAUGGUUCAGAUUUUAAAAUAUUUUGGAUGGACCUGGGUUGGUCUUAUCUACAGUGAUGAUGACUAUGGCAUCUAUGCUGCUCAGUCCUUCCAUCAGGAAAUAAAGCUGUUUGGAGGCUGUGUUGCUUUUUCUGAAAUCCUUCCACAUGAUAACAACCACAGAGAUAUUCAGCAUAUAACAGCAGUGAUUCAGGCCUCUACAGCUAGAGUGAUGGUUGUUUUUUCCACUCCAUCUUUUCUGAUACCUUUGUUGGAUGCGGUGGUGUUGCAGAACAUGACAGGCAGACAGUGGAUUGCCAGUGAAGCUUGGGCCACCUCUCUUGUAAAUCACGCUCCACGUUUACUUCCCUUUCUAAGAGGCACACUGGGGAUCGCCAUAAGGCGUGGAGAGAUCCAAGGGCUUCAUGAAUUUCUGCUCCGUCUCCAUUCCAGCAAUGAUCCAAAAAAUAACAUGUUAAGGAUCUUUUGGGAGAAAAUGUUUGGGUGCAGUUUUGAAACUGGGAGUAAAGAGACAGAUGGAGAGCAAGUCAAAAAGGUGUGUACAGGACAGGAGGAUCUGAGCACAACAGACACACCAUAUACUGAUGUUUCGGAGCUGAGGGCCUCUUAUAAUGUGUAUAAGGCAGUUUAUGCCCUGGCACAUGCACUUCAUGACCUGAUGCAGUGUGAGGAGGGUAGAGGACCAUUCCAUGGUAACAGUUGUGCUGACAUAACAAACCUGAAACCCUGGCAGUUGGUUCACUACCUCCAGAAAGUGAACUUCACCACAGGCUUUGGGGAUCAUGUGUUAUUUGAUGAGAAUGGAGAUGCUCUGCCUAUCUAUGAUGUACUAAACUGGCAGCCAGGCUCUGAUGGGUCAAUAAGGGUCCAAGCUGUUGGUGUAGUAAAUGAAGAGGCAGCAACAGGGAUGGUGCUCACACUGGAUGAUGAUGCAUUAUACUGGAACUCUGAGCCAAAACAAAUCCCAAGGUCAGUGUGCAGUGAGAGCUGCCCCCCAGGAACAAGGCGAGCCUCAAGGAAGGGCCUUCCUAUUUGCUGUUUUGACUGCCUCCCAUGCAGAGAUGGAUUGAUUUCUAAUACAACAGAUGCUAUUGAGUGCACAUUGUGUCCAGAUGAGUUCUGGUCCAAUAAAGAUAAAGAUCAGUGUGUCCCCAAAGAAGUAGAGUUUCUGUCCUAUGAGGAUCCUCUGGGCAUCUCUCUGACCACUGCAUCUCUGCUUGGCACGUGCUUCUGUGCUCUUGUGAUGGUCAUCUUUACUCAUCACCGUAACACUCCCAUAGUACGAGCCAACAAUUCAGAGCUCAGCUUCUUGCUGCUGUUGUCACUCAAACUGUGUUUUCUGUGUGUACUGCUGUUCAUUGGUCAGCCGCAGCUGUGGACAUGUCAGUUAAGACAUGCUGUGUUUGGCAUAAGCUUUGUCCUGUGCAUCUCCAGCAUCCUGGUCAAGACUAUGGUGGUAAUAGCUGUGUUUAAGUCAUCUCGACCAGAGGGCAAAAGUGCGUUAAAAUGGUUUGGAGCAGCUCAACAAAGAUGCACAGUUGUGAUCCUAACAGCCAUCCAGGUUGUGAUAUGUGCAGUCUGGCUAUCAACUGCCUCUCCAACACCCCAUAAAAACAACAAGUAUAUCCGCUCUAAAAUAGUAUAUGAAUGUGCUAUUGGCUCAGUGGCUGGUUUUUCUAUGCUGCUGGGAUACAUUGGACUGUUGGCAGCAGUAAGCUUCAUGUUAGCCUUCCUGGCGAGAAAUCUUCCAGAUAAUUUUAAUGAAGCAAAGUUCAUCACUUUCAGUAUGUUGAUCUUCUGUGCUGUGUGGAUUGCAUUUGUUCCAGCAUAUGUGAGCUCACCAGGGAAAUAUGCAGUAGCUGUGGAGAUAUUUGCCAUUUUAGCUUCUAGUUUUGGAUUACUGGUGGCUAUAUUUGCCCCAAAGUGCUACAUCAUCCUUUUACAUCCAGAAAGAAACACUAAAAAAGCCAUCAUGGGAAGAGAUAUACAAAAGAAAUGAUGAUUUAUUAACAAAGUCUGGUAGGAGCACGUUCAGAUAAUCUACUCAAUCAAUGCGAGAGGAGGCAUAUAGAGCUGACUAAACAGUCUGUUCUAUGACAGUUUUUCCAGCAUUCCUCCUUCACCCCAACUCUUCAAUCUCGAUUAUUCCUAUUGGGUUUCAACUCAAACUAAUAAGUAAAAUGUUUGUAAUGACUGCUGUUUUGUAGUAUCGUAAUUAUUAACAUUAGGCAUGUAACGCUUAACAUAUUUAUACAGAAAAUGUUCAGUAUGGAGAUUUCCAUUUGUUUUCCAAACUAAUACAUUUUAACUGCACUUUGACUUUUAUAUACAGCUGUGACCAAAAGUAUUGGCAGUGACAUAAAUUUUGUGUUUCAAAAAAUUUGCUGCUUCAGAAUUUGCAGAUUUCUUUUUAAACAUGUUUGUAUUGUAAACUGGAAAACAAUGACAAGCAUAUAAGUUUUAAAAAUAUUUAAUAUGUGCAAAGAGUCAACCUUUACAAUGCUGACCCUUCUUCAAAACCUCUGCAAUUUGUUCUGACAUGCUGGAUAGCUUCUGGGCCAAAUCCUGACUGAUGGCAAACCAUUCUUACCUGAUUACUGUAAUGCUUAAAGCUGAUUACAGUUUGUGAACUUCUGCCUGUCCACUUGCCUUUUGAGGAUUGACUACAAGUUCUCUCUGGGAUUAAGAUCCGGGGAGUUGCCUGGCCACGAGUCCAAAAUUUCAGUGAUCUCCAACCCACUUCAUUAUCACUCUUGGCUUGUCACAUGAGUGAACUGAUUUCAUCUUUGUUAAUCCUGGAACAACAUUCCAAUCAACCAAUCAGAUUUAAGGAACAAGUUUACAUUUUAAGUCAAGUUUACAUUUUUUGUCAACCAGGUUUGAUGGUUCAACAUCAGUUAGUCAGUUUAGUCAUAGGGAUAGGGUUAGGACUAAAAGGUAACACUUUGCAAUAAGGUUCAUUAGUUAACAAGGUAACAAUGAAAAAUGAACAACAUGGUAACAAUGGAAAACAAUGAACAACUGUAUUUUCAUUAACUAACAUUAACGAAUUUCAGUAAAUGCAGUAACAAAUGGGUAACGCUUUAGAUUACAGCCCGGAAAGUACUGCGUAAUUACAAUGAAUUUACAGCAUAACUUUCAAUAAUUAUAGUGUAACUAUACAGUAAGUAUGUGUAAGUAUAGGGGAACCAUAUGUAAA